GCGGAACGCCCGACGGAGGAAGGAUGGCACCAAAGAAAGCCGCGGCGGCGCAGGACACGAAUGAAAAGCACAAGCACCCACUUCAAGCAGUGCUCUUUGCCGAUUCUUGGACGAAUACGUUCCGGCCGAUCUCGUUGGAGCACCCGAAGGUUCUCUUCCCUCUCGCGAAUGUCCCCAUGCUCGAGUACACGCUCGAGUUCCUCGCGUCCAACGGCGUCGAGGAAGUCCUGAUCUUCUGCACGGGCAACUCGGCAGCCAUUGAAGCGUUCUUGAGCACGUCCACGACUGCGCAGACUGUGAAGACGCAGAUCAUCUUGAGUCCUUCGUGCUUGACGGCUGGGGACGCGAUCCGAGAGUUGGACCGCAUGCAGGUGGUUCGAUCAGAUCCGUUCAUUUUGAUUUCAGGCGACGUGGUGUCCAACAUGAACCUUCGCGGCGCUGUCGAAGCGCAUGAAGCGCGGAGGAAGAAGGACAGCUCGUCCAUCAUGACGAUGGUGUUCAAGGAAGUGCAGGUCCACCACAACAUCCGACCCUUGACGGACGACCUCGUCGUCGCGCUUGACAGUCGAACGCACCAACUCGUCCUGUACGAGACCAAGCACCCGAGCACAGCGACCGUGUUCCUGUCCAACGCGGCGUUCCAGGACCAUCGGCAAAUCAGCUUCCGCUACGAUCUCAUGGAUGCCCAAAUCGACAUUUGUUCGCCAGAUGUGCUGGUGCAGUUCAGCGACAACUUUGACUAUCAAGACAUCCGAAGCGACUUUGUACGGAACGAAGCGCAGAACUACGAGAUGGGCAACAAGAUUCACGCCCACAUCAUUGCCAAGGACUUUGCCGCUCGUGUCCACGACCCCCGCACUUACAGCGCCAUCACGCAUGCGAUUCUCCAGCGAUGGAUGUACCCCCUCGUGCCAGAUAACAACUUGCUCGGGUUGUACUCGACGUAUUCGCACCAACGCCACGAUAUCUACAAGGAGAAGCAGGUCGUGCUCGCGCGCACAUGCACGAUCCAAUCGACAACGAUCCUGGGUGAGGGUACGUCAGUCGGUGCCAAGACCUUUGUCGACAAAAGCGCCAUCGGCCGCAACUGCAAGAUCGGCGCGAACGUGAAGAUCCUAGGAAGCUUUCUCUGGGAUGACGUUGUAGUCGAGGACAAUGUGACGAUCGAAGGUGCGAUUUUGUGCAAUGGUGCGAUCGUGCGCCACGGCGCGACGGUGAACGAAGGCUCGUUGAUUGCGCAUGGAGUCGUUGUGGGCCCAAACUUUGCCGUACCGGCCCAUACGAAGCUCACCACUGUGCGUUGCGUGGCUAUGGACGAUGGGUUUUCGGACGAUGAAAGCGAUGCUGACAAGAACGAUGACGGUGAAGGCGCAGACGAAGCGUGGAACCCUGCCCAUGUCGGUGUCGGGGGCGUUGGCCGCGUGUGGACUGUUCAAGACGAAGGCGGGAUGGACUCGGACCUCGAAGACGAUGAAGAGGCGACGGCGAGUCGGUUGGAGCAGCUCAAGUUGACGCUGAUCGGCGCGCCUGAGCUCGUGGCCAAGCAGCGCAGCCGCUUGGCGUCGUGGGAUGCGCUGAGUUCUUCGGACGACGAAGAAACUACCGUGCCUUUCGACGACGAAGACCCGCUCGAGCGAUUUAUCCGCGUCGUGAUGGACAUGGUCGUGUCUGGGGAUCACGGCGGCGACGGCGUCGACAACUUGUUUUUGGAGAUCAAGAGUUACAAGUUUGCCCAGAACCGAUCGUUCGCCGACUGUUUGGCUGCAAUUUUGCCGGGACUGUGCAGCUUGAUUCCUCGUGCCAACAAGUCAGGGAUGCAGAUUUUGUCACUUCUCAAACCCAAGCUCGAAAAGUGGAGCGGGGUUGUAAACAAGUGCAUCAUGGGCGACGUCGAGCGCGUCGCGAUCGUGGAGAUUCUCGCGGCGUACUGCCUGGACCCGGCCAAUGCCGCCACGUACGCCGGUUUGUUUCGAUUUGUUCUCCAAAUCGCGUACGACCUCGAGUGGGUAACGGAGGACAACAUCUUUGAGUGGGAGGAGAACGAAGACGCCCCCGGGCACCCGACGCUGGUCGACGACCCCGCCGUCCAGGAGUUUCUCGAGUGGCUUCGUGGUGAUGAGGACGAAGAGGACGAUGACGACGACGAUGACGACGAAUAG